AUGUAAAGUUAUCUAUAGAAAUAAGACAGCAACAGACGAUAGUCAUUUACUUUUGAUAUGGAAGGACAAAAUAUUUAUUAUUAUUCAGUAGCAAAACCAUUACCAAAUGACAUUAUUGAUGACCUAAUCGUAUGUUCAAAAAUUAAAAAGCUUUUACUAUCUUAACUACCUAAAGUGUGGUUUAUAAUGGCUAAAACAACUGCUUAUUUAACCAUUGAUAACCAGUAGAAGUUUGUGACUUCAAACUUCAUUUUAGACAUUUUUGUAUACAGUUGGUUAUCAAAGGAGUUAUAAGACCUGAAAUAACAGUUAUUAAAUAGAAUGAGUAAACUUAACAUAGAAAUGGAAAAAUUUCAUCGACUAAUUGACAUAUUUUCUUAGGAGAUGACUUUUAUAUAAAAAGAACUCGUUUAAACCAAUACUUGGGAAUACUAGUUGAAUUAUAAUAAGAACUGCAUAAAGCCACUCUUCGUCUUUCGAGAAAAGUGCCCACUUGAGCAUUUAUGUCUUAUUAAAAGAAUUGAUGAAUUAAACAUCGAUGACGAUAGCAAAAAUUCAACUUUGACAUCUUCUUAAAAUUCUCAAAAUUCCUAUCAAAAAGAGAUCAGCAGAAGCAAGACCGAUACUAAAGAAAUAACAGCGAUCGUUCUAUCUAAUAAAAUGAGAAAGUUUUCUAAGCAAAUGGAAAAAAUGAGCGAAAAUUUUUUUUAAGAAUUGAUUACAUUUAAUUCUCAAGAAUAAUAAUGGCAAAUUGCGGGAUAAUUCGUAGUAAUUAUCAUUGAAACCACAGUCUAAUCAGAUUUCGAUAUGAAAACAAUUGAAAAGGUUAGAUUUAUUUAACCUGCAGUGCUCUUUUAUAAGAAAGCAAUAUAAAUUUGGAUGUUAACAAAAUAAUCUCACUUUGAUAAGAAUCUAAAUUAACACUCAAGAAUAGGCAAAGUAUCAUUUAGCCAUUUUUUGUGUAAAGCAAAGUGCUUUCUUAGCUAAUAUUGGAAAGAAACAUUAACCAUUCCUCUACACACAUUUUUUUAGUUAGCAGAAUAGCUUUAUCCUUAGGUGGAAAAUGAAUCAGUUAUGAUCAAGAAAAUGAGCACUUUUUCGAUUCUCUUGAAAGAAAAAAUAGUAUCAUUAUGGGAGCAAAAUUUAUCUCUAUUCGCUAAAUCACAUAUAUAAAAUUGA